AUUGAGACAUUUCUUUCAGUUCUCUCUAUUGGCUGUCUUCCAAAUACUCGCAUAGGAAUAAAAUUUACCGCGAAACAUAUUGCGAUGUUGAUUGUUAAGUUUCUCUUAUUAUGAAUGCAUAUUUUGCACUCUUGCUAUACUCAGUCUUCAACUUUGGGCUAACCUUAUUGAAGUAUUGUGAUAAUCACCUUCUAUUUCCCUCGAGAGGAAGAUCUUGAGCGGCCGUGAAAAUAAUGGAAUUCAGAUUGAAGAGAGUUUCACUUUACCCUUAUUCCUAAAUUCCUGAUAGUGUUGCAUGUUGUAGCAGUUGCAUUAUUUAGAGGUGAAAUGGGGAAGAAUGCCCCCUCUACUUCGUACAAUUUUUAAUUUGUUUCAUAACCUGUUCUUGUUUACACUAGGAGAGCUAAAAACGAUUUUACAUUUAGUUGGUUAAUGUGAAUGCAAUGCCUUGUAAAACUACUUCUGUAAAGAAGACAUGUGAAUCAAAAUACUUUUUUAAAUUUCAACAUAGUUUUGAGCAGUCAUUCAUUUUAUUUAUGUGGUUCAGGUGUCAAAUGUUGGACAACUCAUCAAAUGGCUUUUUUUAAUUGAUUACUUCAUAAAAGAAAGAAUGAGCAUUAGUUUUAAUCAAAUUUCAGCUUUUGAAUGUUUGCUUCCUUUAUCAGCUUCUAUAGAUGAAUACAGUUUCAGGUUGACCUAAUAUGAGAAUAGAGACUUUAACCUCCAAUGAUUUCUGUUAAAAUUGAUGACGAUGUCCCACUGAAAGCUUGUGGAUCCUUGCCAAAUGUUAGCCAAUUAUAAGUUGCCUAUGAAGGGACAUCUAACAUAAAUGGUUUUCUUGUGCAUGUAUAAUUGAGGUUGGCUACUUUGCUGAGUGAAACUAUUUUCAAAAAGGAACUUUUCCUCUUUCUUAGGCUUCUUUCAAAACAUGGAUUCACGAAAGUGCAUGGCUUCUACUGGUGCAUCAUUAGUUAAUGUAUCACCUUUAAGCUUUGCAAAUCAGAUGGAUAAGAUGGCCCGACCUUGUAAUGAUAAAGGAGCUUCUGGUCAUGCUGUUGACACUGAUGUGGAUAUAGACCUCAGAGAAGUUUACUUUUUGAUUCUGCAUUUUUUGUCUGCUGGGCCAUGCAAGAGGACUUUUGAGCAUUUCUGGAAUGAACUUUUGGAGCACCAGCUUCUACCUAGAAGAUAUCAUGCUUGGUUUUCAAGAAGUGGUUUGUACAGUGGGAAUGAUGAUGAUGAUGGCAUUUCUUUCCCUUUGAAUUACAACAUAUUGGUGGACAGGUAUUCUCACAUAGCAAAGGAUCACUUGGUAAAGCUUCUGAGGCAAUUAGUGCUGAGUACAGCCCAUCCCAUGCACAGCAAACUUGAAGGAAGUACCCCUAAUGCUGCUGAUGUUCCUACUUUACUUGGAUCUGGUUCCUUUUCUCUUUUGGACAUUGAUAGGAAAACAGCAGAGAAGCAAGUUAAGCCCCUUCCAGCUUACCUGCGUUGGCCUCACAUGCAGGCUAAUCAAGUUCAGGGGCUAUAUUUAAGGGAAAUUGGAGGUGGUUUCACAAGACACCAUCGAGCCCCAUCAAUUCGAUCUGCAUGUUAUGCAAUAGCCAAACCAUCAACUAUGGUACAGAAGAUGCAAAACAUAAAGAAGUUGAGGGGACAUCGUGUGGCUGUCUAUUGUGCCAUAUUUGAUCGAUCUGGAAGAUAUGUGAUCAGCGGUUCAGAUGAUCGUCUUGUUAAGAUUUGGUCUAUGGAAACUGCAUUUUGUUUAGCCAGUUGCCGUGGACAUGAAGGUGAUAUCACUGAUUUGGCUGUAAGCUCAAACAAUGCUUUGGUGGCAUCUGCAUCAAAUGAUUUUGUCAUUCGAGUUUGGCGCUUACCAGACGGAAUGCCAAUAUCAGUUUUACGGGGACAUACUGGGGCUGUUAACACAAUCGCAUUUAGUCCUAGGCCCAGUGCUGUAUACCAGCUUUUAUCGUCAUCAGAUGAUGGAACUUGUCGAAUAUGGGAUGCAAGAUAUUCACAGUGCAAUCCACGGAUAUACCUGCCUCAGCCUUCAGAUUCCAUAACAGGGAAGAACAACGGUCCGCCUACUAAUUUACCUUCCUCAAGUAAUGGUCAACAGAGCUAUCAAAUACUUUGCUGUGCGUAUAAUGCAAAUGGAACUGUUUUUGUCACUGGUAGCUCUGAUACUUUUGCGAGGGUGUGGAGUGCUUUUAGGUCUAACUCAGAUGAUUCAGAACAACCAAUACAUGAGAUGGAUUUGUUGGCUGGCCAUGAAAAUGAUGUUAAUUAUGUGCAGUUUAGUGGUUGCUCAGUGGCUUCAAAAUUUUCAACAUCUGACUCUUUGAAGGAAGAAAAUGUCCCAAAGUUCAGAAAUUCCUGGUUUUGUCAUGAUAACAUAGUCACCUGUUCCCGUGAUGGAAGUGCAAUUAUAUGGGUUCCUAGAUCUCGUAGAUCUCACGGAAAAGUGGGACGGUGGACUCGUGCAUAUCAUUUGAAAGUGCCUCCACCACCUUUGCCUCCUCAGCCUCCUCGAGGGGGUCCAAGGCAGAGAUUUUUGCCUACUCCUCGGGGUGUCAAUAUGAUUGUAUGGAGCCUGGACAAUCGAUUUGUACUAGCUGCUAUCAUGGAUUGCAGAAUAUGUGUUUGGAAUGCAGUUGAUGGAAGCUUAGUGCACUCUUUGACUGGCCAUACUGCAUCAUCUUAUGUUCUGGAUGUUCAUCCCUUCAACCCUCGGAUAGCUAUGAGUGCUGGUUAUGAUGGACGAACAAUUGUGUGGGAUAUAUGGGAGGGUGUACCUAUUUGGACGUAUGAGAUUGGAAGGUUUAAGCUGGUGGAUGGGAAGUUUUCUCCGGAUGGAACAUCAAUUGUGCUCUCAGAUGAUGUAGGCCAAAUAUAUUUUCUUAAUACAGGUCAAGGAGAGUCCCAGAAGGAUGCAAAGUAUGAUCAGUUUUUUCUUGGGGAUUAUCGACCCCUUGUACGGGAUACCCAGGGAAAUGUUCUUGAUCAGGAGACUCAACUUACACCAUAUCGAAGAAACAUUCAGGAUCCUCUGUGUGAUUCUAGUAUGGUGCCAUACCCAGAGCCUUAUCAGAGUCAAUUUCAGCGUCGUCGGCUUGGUGCUCUCGGCAUUGAAUGGCGUCCUUCAUCAAUAAAGUAUGCUGUUGGUCCAGAUUUCAGUGUUGGCCAGGACUACCAGGUGAUCCCCUUGGCGGAUUUGGAAAGAAUGGUUGAGCCACAACCAGAGUUCAUAGAUGCUAUGUUCUGGGAGCCAGAAAUUGAAAUUAUAAGUGAUGAUAAUGACUCAGAAUACAAUGUAAAUGAUGAUAAUACUAGUGAAGCUGAGCAGGGGGGUAUAAGUUCAAUCUCUACUAGUGAUCCAGAGUGCAGUGGAGAUGAUUGGGAUAGCCUUCGAAGGUCAAGAAGGAAAAAACAAAAUGUUGAAGUGGAGUCAACGACUUCUUCUGGAAGGCGUGUCAGGAAAAGGAACUUGAAUGAUUGUGAUGGCAUGCCGUCUGGAAGUAACAGAAUUAAGAAAUCAAAAAACAUCCGGAAAUCAUCUAAAGGAAAAUCUUCCAACACCAAGACAAUAAGACCUCAGCGGACGGCUGCACGGAUUGCUCGUAAUAUGUUGUCCCAGAUGGAUGAAAUAUCUACAGAUGGGGAAGACGUUGAUCUUGAAGAUGAAUCAUCUGACAGUUUGCAAGAUUCAGAUAUUAUUAGUGAGCCUGAAAGGAAGAUUCAAAAUGUGUGUGAGGAACAUAAACAACCAUUUCUUGAUAGCCUUGCUAAUGCAUCCAAGCCUCCUGCACAUUCAGAGUCUCAAGCUAAUGUUGGAAAUAGAAGGCGGCUGGUUCUUAAGUUUUCACUUCGAGAUUCUAAGAAAAAUUUACCUUUAGAGGACAUGGCUCAUGCGUGUGACACUCAGACUGACAUGGUAUGUGAGUCUUCCAAAUCUCUAGAAAGUAUCCAAAAAUCUCUACUGGACAGAAGUUCUACAGACCCAGCAUUAUCAUUUAUAGAUGUGAAUGUUGCACCUCCUGAAAGCCACCACAUACAUGAAGAUAUGAGAGACACAUCCAGCAAUAUUGGAAGAUUGGAACAGGCAGUGACCAGUGAUGUAGAGAGAAUGAAUUGCAGGAAUCAUCCAAAGUCUGCUCAUCUUGAUAAUGCACUCCAACCUUCGUCUCUCGAGUCUUCACUGCCUGGCAACCAUUAUCUGAAUGGUGACGAGUCAUUGACAUCUGGGAAUUGUUUGUUGAAUGGUGGUGACAAACGCACGGAUGACUCACUAGAAGGAACUGAAGUUACUCCUGACCUCAAAAUGAAAGCACCUAUAAAUUCAACUAAGUUAGUUCUUAAAAAGAAACAAAUUUCAGCAGACAAUAAAAGUCCGUGCAAUCUGAAAUUUGUUAGCCCUCAGAUAGAUUCUGAGAAUCCCUCAUUUAUGGUGUCUAAUUUAGGAAUGGAAGAACCUGAAGAGGAUCACUAUAAUGAAAAAAUAAGUUCUCUGCAGCAAUCAUGUUCAUAUUCUGACAAUAAAGCACAUGAUCACACCCAACAAAAGGACAGAUCAUCAAAAUGUGAGGUCAAUCCUAAUGUUGGUGCUGACAAGGAAGAGAACACCCUGAUUGUCAAUAGACAUAUUGAUUCAGGAAUUGAUCGAUGUAAUGCAGUAAGUGAUCCAAUACGUAGAACACGAUCCAUUAGAAUAAAGACAACAUCAGAGGAGUCAAAUAACUUGAACCUAAGGAUUAAGAUUAGAGGGGGUCAAACUUCAGGUGGAACAUUGAAUCAGGCAGGAUUUUCUGCUAACAUGUCUGAUCAUCUUCAUCAAAGAUCAAGGCCUAUAAGAAACAGACGGAGUGGAUAUUUUGCAGGUGAUUCUGAGGCAUUGAUUCAAAGGAUGUCAAACCCCCCAAUCAAGAAGUUGUCGUGGCUGAUGCUGUCAGAGCAUGAGGAGGGUUACCGUUAUAUUCCUCAACUUGGUGAUGAAGUUGUAUACUUGAGACAGGGCCACCAAGAGUACAUAGAGUCGUGUCAGUCCUAUGAAGUUGGUCCUUGGAGAUCAAUUGCAGGACUCCGUGCUGUUGAAAUUUGCAAGGUUGAAGAACUUGAUUACGCAACGGUAGCAGGUUCUGGAGAUAGCUGUUGUAAACUCAAACUUAGAUUUGCAGAUCCUUCUUCUAAUGUGUGUGGUAAAUCAUUCAAAUUAACUCUGCCUGAAUUGAUUAAUUUUCCGGAUUUUGUUGUUGAGAAAACAUGGUAUGAUACUGCCAUGAGGAGAAAUUGGUCACCAAGAGAUAAAUGCAUGGUCUGGUGGAGAAAUGCAAAUGGGGAAGGGGGAAGUUGGUGGGAAGGUCGUAUUCUUUCAGCACAGGCCAAAAGUCAUGAGUUUCCAGAUAGUCCAUGGGAGAGGCAUAUGAUCCAGUACAAGACUGAUCCGACGGAAACUCAUUUGCACAGUCCUUGGGAACUGUAUGAUCCUGAGAUCCAAUUGGAGUACUCUCACAUCGAUCAUGAGAUCAGAAAUAAGCUGUUGUCUUAUUUUUAUAAAUUAAUCCACAAAGAUAGUGAUGGUAUGCAGGCAUUGAACCGAGCAGCUGAGAAGUCAGACUUUUUAAACAGGUUUCCUGUUCCGUUAUAUCCUCAAUUGAUUCUAUCAAGGUUGAAGAAUGACUAUUAUCGGAGCGUGGAAGGUGCUAGGCACGAUAUCAUGGUAAUGCUAACAAAUGCUGAGAAUUUCUUUACAAAAAAUCCUGCGCUGUUGAGCAAGAUCAAGCGCACAUCAGAUUGGUUUAGAAGAAAACUUGAGAGGAUAUAGAAAGUGUAAUACGGAUUUUUGAUCUUAAAUUUCAUUCCAUUCUUUAAUCCAAUUUUGGGUAUGAGUUGGUCUAUAGGUACAAAAAAAAAAAAACAAAAACAAAACAAAGCAAAGCAAAACAAAAGAAAGAAGAAUGGAGAUGGCUAAGAUGCUUCGUGUGUAUCCGUGGGCGUGUGUAUAUCUAUUCUGGCUUAUCUUUGUAGAUGCCAAUUAUCUGCGUAAUGAUAGAGGUGGGCUUUCUGGCCCUUCUACAUA